AUGAAUUUUACUUCAGCUGACGUCGCCAUAUUAAAUGUGAUUAGUUCACGAUUAGCAAAUUUACGUUAUUUUUGCGCACCUAGUAUAUCAAAAGAAGCAGAAGUUAAAAUAUUUUGGGAAGUUUUACAAACAUCUUUAUUGAAGAUUAUUAUAUAUGAUCCAAUUCCUAUAUUUUCUUUAAUAUCCGCUGGUAUUUCAAUAAUAUUUAGUCUUAUUGGAAGAACAUUUGAUGCGCUAUAUUUUAAAAUACCUUUUUCUGAAAGACAAAAUAUAAAACAUGAAGAACCUCCUACAAAUGUAAUCGAAAUAAAUAAGAGUAUUGAUAUAUCCGAAGAUCAAUUAAGAAAGGAUGAUGAUACUGUACUAUAG